UAAUGGAUUAUGGAUACCGGGGAGCUGACAUGUUUGACAAAGACCGUAGCCCAAACCCAACAAACCUUCAUUAGUUUUAGUACUAAACCCAUAAAACGACAACAAUCCACGAUAAAGGCGUUUUUCUUUCUCGAAGGAAAAGUUGGCACUCGGUGGCACUGGCACUCACCUCCUCUCUCCCUCUCCCACCCAGGACAUUAAUGGGGGAUGCUUUAGUGCAAGAUUUGAUAAGUGAUUUGCCUGAAAGCAUUAUAGAGAGUAUUCUAACCCGUUUGCCAAUAAGAGAUGCUGUAAGAACUAGCAUUUUAUCAAGUAAAUGGAGGUACAAAUGGGCUUCGAUUACUCAACUUGUGUUUGAUGAUAGAUGUGUUACCCUACGUAGUGACCGAGCUUUAGUUGAGAAAAGUCUCAUAGACUUUAUAACUAAGGCUCUCUUUCUUCACAAAGGACCAAUUCACAAGUUCCAGCUUUCUACAUGGUACUUGCAGAACUGCUCAGACAUAGAUCAAUGGUUACUUUUUCUUUCAAGGAAUGACAUUAAGGAAUUGGUUCUUGUAUUAGAAGAAGAGGAAGGAGAGGGCGAGUUGUUUAGAGUACCUGCUAGUUUAUUUCAUUGUAAGAAAUUGACCCGUUUGGACCUAUUUCGUUGUGAGUUAGAUCCACCCCUUACUUUUAAGGGAUUCUCGUAUUUAAACAGUCUCACUCUUCAUCAAGUGCUGGUUGCCCCUGAUGUAAUUGAGAGUCUAAUUUCUAGCUGCCCUCUACUUGAAAAUCUUGCUAUAUCUUACUUUGAUAGCUUAGCUUUAAACAUAAAAGCUCCAAAUCUCAAGUUUUUGUUCCUUGAGGGUGAAUUUAAGGACAUAAAACUUGAGAAUACUCCACUUUUGGUUGCUAUGUCUGUUGAUAUGUAUAUGACAGAGGACAAUGCUGAGCACUUUGAACAAAGCUCAAGUUGCAAUUUUGUCAAGUUUCUUGGUGGGGUGCCUCUUCUUGAGAAGCUUAUUGGGCGCGUGUACUUUACCAAGUAUUUGAGUAUAGGUUAUGACUUGGGAAAACUUUUAGUUACCUAUGAACAUUUGAAGGUCAUUGAAUUAAAUCAAGUGUGUUUCGAAGAUAGGAAAGAGAUAUAUGUGGUUCUUCGCUUGAUUAUGAGCUCUCCAAAUUUAACAGAGCUUCAAAUCUCAGGGCCCACAAAUGCUGUGGAUUUCGUGAUUGCGUUGGAAGCGUCUGAUUUGAAAUUUUGGGAGAAAGAAAGCCUUUCAAAGUACUCUUUCGAAAAGCUCAAACUAGUGAGAAUGACAUGUAUGUCUGGUGUGCCACAUGAAAUGGAAUUCAUCAAGUUUUUGCUCAGCAGAUCUCCAGUGCUCGAGACAAUGAGUGUUGCCCCUUGUUCAUUGUGUACUAUAGCUAGACGAUUGAAUAUGCUGACCGAGUUGGUUAAGUUUCGACGAGCAUCUCCUCAAGCUGAAAUUGUAUUCACCCAUGAAUAAGUAUUAUGUAUGACAAUUUCAUUAUCUUCCAUUUCUUUAUCAAACGAGCUUUUAGCAGAGUUAGUAUCCCCAGUUGCAUUUAUCUUAUAAAUCAAUAAAAUCUAGAGUAACUGAGAGGAUAUACUGCUUUUGUUUGUUGUCACAAAAAUGUAAAAAAAAAAAAAAUUUCCACCCAGUGAUUGGUUGCCGUGCUAA